CAGAGGCGUGUGCCCAGUGUUGACUGCGCCUGUCAUACUACGACUCCCGUGAGCCUCCGCAGUUCAUUCAGAAAGCAGGAAGUGGUGGAGAAGGUGCGUGCUGUCAGAUCAGGAGAGGCUGCAGCUUGUGGGCCAGUAAAGUGCAGCGUUAUGUAUGGAAAGCAUGAAAGUAAGAAGCCAGUAUAUCGCUGCAUUGAAUGCAAUGAGGAGUCCAAUGAACUGUACAGAGAUUACAAACAUGGAGUACUGAAGAUCACUAUCUGUAAAUCCUGCCAAAAACCGGUGGACAAGUACAUAGAAUAUGAUCCAGUCAUUAUCCUGAUUAAUGCCAUGCUAUGCAAAGCACAAGCAUACAGACACAUCCUGUUUAACACAAAAAUCAAUAUUCAGGGCAAGCUCUGUAUAUUUUGUCUGCUGUGUGAAGCUUACACUAGAUGGCGACAGCUGCCUGGAUCCAGCAACCACACAGAUCCUGAGGAUUUCAUUAGAUAUGCAAAGGAAUGGGAUUUCUACAGACUGUUUGGAAUAGCUGCUUUGGAACAGACAGCCUACCUCUUGGGAAUCUUCAUUGUUCUGUUUGUAGCCAGGCUGAAGCCUUUGAAGUCAGGUUCUGAGUUUGCUCUUCUUCUUAAAGCACUGUUGUUAUCCAGCUAUGGGAAGCUCCUGCUGAUUCCGGCGGUCAUUUGGGAACAUGACUACACUCCCAUGUGUCUAAGGCUGAUCACUCUGUUUGUGCUGACUUCAAACACCCAGGCCAUCCGAGUGACCCUGAAUGUGAGUCGAACCCUCUCCCUGGUUGCUAUUGCCUGUGGACUGCUUUUGGAAAAUGCAUUUUGCUCCAUUCAAUGGACUCUUUAACACCUUUGUGGAUAUCAUGCAAAACUACAGGAUGAUCAUUUGUUUGAGCUUGGAUCACCAUACUAAACAAUUGGCCUCCUGGUCUCAGACAAUGUUAUUUAUUAAAUGGAACUUUUGGGAAUAGGACCGUUUUUUGCUAAUUUUUUUAUAUGUUUUUCAUGUCUUUCAAUAUAUUUAUAAACAUGUUUUUAUAAUCGUUGAAGUUAUUGAUUGUAAGAUGAAGCAGAAAUGUAAUGUAAUUUUGAUGUACAUUUUUCAAUAAAUACAUCUAUAAGA